AAUCGUCCGAGUCAAUGCUGAGUCAACUCAGAACCGAGUGAGAAGGUCUUUCUUCCAUUCUCACCUUCAUUCCAACAAAAGCUUCCAUCUUUAGGAGAGAGAAAAUCACACACAGAAGAAAGAGAAACAAAAAAAAUAAUACCCCUAAUUAAAUCCGCCAUUACCGAACGUUUCAAGCUCAUAAUAACACCAAUUUCUCUUAACAUAUAUUUCCACAACCUAAAUCAUAUUCUAUUUACAAACCCUAGGUUUUCAUUUUUCCGAAGAUUUUUAUUAAUUACUAUGAUUUUUCCCCCAAUUUGAAUGGAAACCCUAAUUAUUAUCUUCGUUCUUCAUCAAUGGCGUCUUCUCCUCUUUCCCUCACCACUUUCCGCUUCUCUCUCUUCUUCGCUGCCGGUUGAUCGCCUCGUGAUCAACUAAAACUCUUUCUCCCUUUCUCGUUUUUUUUAAUUGUGUAAAAAAAAAUUUAAUAAAAAACCGCCAUUGUUGUGUGUUAUUUGUUUGUUGUAAAGUUGAAUUAGUAUAUACUCUUUUUGUUUGGUUUUUUUUUGAUUAAGAGAGGAAGAGAUGGGGAGCUCAGAGUGUGCAGGGGUGAAGGAAGGAGGUACAGGUUCAAUUGUGUGGGUUCGAAGGCGAAACGGUUCGUGGUGGCCGGGUAAAAUAUUGGGUCCAGAUGAGCUCUCUGCUUCUCAUCUUAUGUCUCCUCGAUCUGGAACACCUGUUAAGCUUCUUGGUAGAGAGGAUGCUAGUGUGGAUUGGUACAAUCUCGAAAAAUCAAAGCGCGUGAAGGCCUUUCGAUGUGGUGAGUUUGAUGAUUGCAUUGAGAGGGCUGAAGCCUCACUGGGAUUUCCUGCAAAGAAACGUGAAAAGUAUGCUCGGCGAGAAGAUGCCAUUUUACAUGCUCUUGAACUUGAGAAGCAAUUUCUUGAAAGGAAAUAUGGGAACUUAUUAGGCAGCACUAAUCCUAUGCGAGAAAAUCCAUCGGAUUCUGAGAGGAAAGACUUAGUUACAUCAUCCGGAGUUCGGGAAAAUGGUAAUGCAAAACACAGAAACCACGAAUCAUGUAAACUUGAUACUGCAGUUGAUAUAUCUAAUUUGGUGGCUAGGAGAAGUGUUCCCCUGCACAUGCACAAAGCAAAAGAUGGAACUCAUCCAAGUUUAGAAGAGCAUGACACCGAUUUGAACUGUCAGAUUAAAGAGUUGCAUACUUUUGGGCAUAAGGCAGUGCCUACAAGUAGAAUGAUUUACACUCCAGCUGCUUCUGAAGAUCAUAAUAGAAAAGGAGUUGAUGGUCAUGCAUAUGGUGUUCCAACUUCUGAUCCCUGCUUUGAGAAUUCUAGUGAUUCUGGUUCUAGGAAUUCCCUUGGCAAGCAGAAGCGGCCACUGGAAGGCUUUGUUGAGGAGCCUCUUCCUAAAAGACGUGAUAGGCUCCAUUCCUUUGUCAAAGUCAGGCAAAACAACGCAGAGCUAAAUGAUAUUUCUUUGCAUCCUGAUGUGUACAGGGGGUUUCCCUUAGAGGAUGUUCAUCGUUCUAUGUAUAUGCCAUCUGAGUCGCAUGAGAUUUAUGUUUCCAAGCAAGGUGGCCAGAUGGAAACACCAGUUUCCCGGCUUGAAGUGGGCACAUAUCGUUCUCAGCGUGGUGCUUUUGCAGAAGAGACUACUUCUGGAUCAUCGGAAGAAACUGAAUCGGAUUCAUCUGAAACCCAUUCUCAAGCACAUGUGGAGACAGGGGCAAUGCUUUCAGAUGCUGAAACACGCUUUAGAGCACAGCCUAGAAUACUUGAAAGAUUACAAAUGCCAGCGGGCCAUGAAAGUACCAGCAGUGAUGAAUCCGAUGAAUUGUCGUUCGAUGAUAGGUCUCAGUUUUAUUAUGAUCCAACCCCUGCUGCUGGAGUCUCCAAAUGGCAGUUGAAAGGGAAAAGAAAUGUUCGCAAUAUUAACAAGAAACCUAUUGACAGACUCACUCAUGGAACAUAUCUUGAAACAAAGGGUAGGUCAAUGGGCCAGAGGCCAUCAAAUCAUAGUUUGAGUUACUAUCAUGACAAUGGCUACACCAAUGACGCUGAUUUCAUGGAGGACGACUUUGAACCCCAUUUGCAGAGAUUUAGUAAAAGGGGUUACUUGCCUUCACAAGCUGCAGCCAGGAGGCAUAGUUUCACUGGGCAGAAUAUGAUUGAUUGGGAAGAGUUGACAUGGGGAAGGCCGUUGAGAGAAUACUAUGAAGAGAGAGUUGGCUGCUUGAAUCCAAUGUUUGGAAGCCGAAAUGGGCAUAAUUUGCUGAUAGAUGUAGAUCUACAGGUCCAAGCAAACCGUCAAGGCGGCGAGCAUGUACCUUGGGUUUCUCUGAUGAGCCGGUUAAAUGGGAAGGCAAUUAUAGGCCACCCUAUCCAAAUUGAAACCCUUGAAGAUGGAUUAACAGAUAUUCUUGUAUCAACAAGUGAUGCAUGUGGUAAUGAAAGAUAUGAGAUCGAUGGAAGCAGAACUCCUCCAGUUUGGAGGACUGCCAAGAGGACAGCCAAUUUUCGAGUGCCACGUCCUCAUCAAUCUUCUUCAUCCCAAUUGGAUGCCAAUGAAGAUGAUGAUAAUCAGUAUAUUCAUCAGUCCGGGAAAGUACGGUCUAAGAAGCAACUUGCUUCAAAUUCAGUUCGUAAAGGCAUUCUCAUGAAAAAUCCUCAUUCCCCACAUGUAGCUAGGUCUCCAUUUCAAGGGAUGAAAAAGCCUUCGCGGAAACUGAAUUUAUCUUCCAAUCAGAAGACAAAAACUCUGUCUUCCAUUGGUUUUGAUCAGAAGUUCCCUACCAAGAGGAAAGAGGAUGAUACAAGCUACUGCGCUGAUGUGAUUAAACCUGUGGACUCAGGGCCCCCAACAGUGGCCUGUAUUCCUGUCAAACUCGUCUUCAGUAGAUUACUCGAGGCUGUUGGUAGGCCGCCUGCCGCACCUGCUAAGCUUGGGGUUUCAGUGAACAGCAAUAAGGAGAGAAAUCCCGCUUAGGUACUCUGUAAAUUGUAACGUGGGGAUGAAUAAUCUUUUAUACCAUUUUAGUAGUCGAUAUCUUGCUAAUUCUUUCGUGAUAGUCUGAUAGAAAACCACAUCGAUAUACAUCACCUGUAUCUGGAGCUUUAAGGAGUCUUCGCUGUCUUCAAAAAUUAAGGGGUGGAGAUGAUCACUUUCUGGUAUGUGCUUCAGAUAUCAGAUGCAUGUCUGAUAGUGAUAGUUUGAUGAUAUAGAGGAAAACAGCUACUCUUUGUUCAGUAGGAAGUUAUACUAAUACUCAGUAAUCAGUAUUUAAAGUAGCACUUUUAGUUUGACAUGAAAAGAAUUGUAAAGUUUAAUGUAAAAGCUUUCAUAAUUUAAAGCAUACAUGCCCUACUUUUAUAUGAUACUAGUUGCUAACA